CGUCACUCGUUCCUUGUGCGAGACUCGCUGCGGUGAGCGGUGGUGAGGAAUUCCCGUGCCGACGCGGAACGGAACGGACGGAGAGAUGAAGAUCUUCUGCCCGAUCUGCAAGUGGCUCGUGGUCAGCCUGCCCGCCCUGGAGGACCACAUGAAGCGGCACAGGGGGUGGACGGAGCCCACGCUCUUCCAGUGCCCCCACUGCCCGUUCAACACGGACACGCUGAACGUCUUCAUCGAGCACCAGGCGACGCACGACGCGCGCGAGUCUCACAAGUGCGCCAAGUGCGGCAAGGUGUUCAUCGACGCCGAGGUUUUCCGCGAGCACCAAGCGGCGCACGCCGAGGAGAAGCCCUACAAGUGCACCGAUUGCGAACUGGCGUUCAACCGCUCGGAGGAUCUUCACGAGCACCAAAAGACGCACGCCGGCGGCAAGCCCUACCACUGCACCGUCUGCGGGAUGGAGUUCACGCGCUCGCUGCAGCUCCGCAACCACCAGAGGAUCCACACGAGGGAGAAGCCCUACGGGUGCGCCACGUGCGGAAAACGGUUCGCUCUCUCGGGGACGCUCUUCGUCCACAACAGGAUCCACACGGGCGAGAAGCCCUACGGGUGCGCCACGUGCGGAAAACGGUUCGCUCGCUCGGGGGCGCUCGUCAUCCACAACAGGAUCCACACGGGCGAGAAGCCCUACGUGUGCGACGCGUGCGGAAAGGCAUUCGCCGACUCGUGGGCCCUGAGCGUGCACAGGAGGACCCACACGGGCAAGAGACCCUACGAGUGCACGGUGUGCGCGAAGGCGUUCGCAGAUCCGGGGACCCUCUCCACGCACAGCAGGAUCCACACGGGAGAGAGGCCGUACAGGUGCACGGUGUGCGCGAAGACGUUCGCUCGCUCCCACACGCUCGUCGUCCACAAGAGGGUCCACGCGAGGGAGAGCGCCUGCGGCAAGGACGCCGAGGCGUCGACGUCGUCGGGCGGCUCCCCCGACGCCGGAAGCGCGGACGCGGCGGACGGAGGGAGGGUGACGAGGAGCAUGCGUCGCGAGUGCAUCGCGCGCAAGGUCGCGACGGCCGCCCUACCGGAGCCGCCUGACUCUGGGGGUGAGCGCGCGACUUUCCCCGGAGAGGCGGCGGCGAGCCCUCCUCCUCCCGCGCCCGCUGCGUCGGAAGAAGAACGCCGGGAAAAGCCCGCCGGCUUUGUCGGGACGCGCCCGCGGGUAAUGAAGGCGGAUAGCGGAGGCGGAGACGUGUCCUCGGCGAAGGUGAAGGAGGAACGGGAAGGGGACGUCGGAGGCUUCGAGGCGUGGCCGGGGGUGAAGGUGGAGCCCGCUGGCGAGGUUGUUCCGUGCCGCCUCCCCUCCCUGCCGAUCGUGAAGCGGGAGCCCGAGGAUUGCCACGGGAGCGAGACGGAACGCGGAGCUCAGGACUCCUCCGUUUCCCUGUUGAAUGUGAAGCAGGAACCGGAGGAAAUCCCCAGUAUUCCACCGGUCAUAAGUCGCCGCCACGGUGACAUGACGUCACUUGGGCGCCGCCGGUGUGUGGGGGGUGGACGUCACGCACGAGCUGGCUGGAUCGACGUCACCGGCGAGACGACAACCGCGUCCAGGACCAUCGGCCCCCUAGGUCGACUCAGCCUCAAAUGUGUUACGUGGUUGAGCCGUGCACCCAGAAUGAACGACGAAUCAGCGACGAGGCUCCACUGCCCGGUGUGCGACUGGGUAGUGGUCAGCCCGCCGGCGCUGGAGGACCACAUGAAGCGUCACCGGGGCCGCACCGAACCGGUGAUGUACCAGUGUCCCCACUGCCCGUACCGGACGGACAAACCCUUCACCUUGAUGAGCCACCAGCGAACUCACGGCGGCGAGAGGCGCUACAAGUGCCGCGUGUGCGGGGAGGGGUUCGCUCAGCCGGAGGACUUCCGCUCCCACCAGCGGGUCCACGUGGAGGAGAGGCCUCACCGUUGUCCCGUGUGCAAGAAAGCCUUCGCCGAGCCGGAAGCUCUCCGCUCUCACCAGAGGUUCCACGCGGGCGAGAAGCCGUACCGCUGCGGCGUCUGCGGCAUGGACUUCACCCGCGUCGACCACUUCCGCAGCCACCAGGUAAUCCACACGGGCGAGAGGCCCUACGGGUGCACGGUUUGCGGCAAGAACUUCACGCGCUCGGACUACCUGCGCAGCCACCACAGGACCCACACGGGCGAGAAGCCCUUCAGGUGCGUCACCUGCGGCAAGGCCUUCGCCCACCCGGGCACCCUGUCGACUCACGCGAGGAUCCACACUGGCGAGAAACCGUACGCGUGCGACGUGUGCGGCAAGGCGUUCACGAACCCCGGGGGCUUCUACAUCCACAAGAGGAUCCACACGGGCGAGAGGCCGUACGCGUGCCCCGUCUGCGGCAAGGCGUUCGUGUGCGCCGGGGCGCUGAACACCCACCGGAUGGUGCACACGGGCGAGAAGCCGUACAAGUGCGACUCGUGCGACAUGGCCUUCCAGCGGUCCGGGGCCCUGAGCACGCACCGCAGGACGCACACGGGAGAGAGGCCGUACGCUUGCGGCACGUGCGGCAGGGCGUUCGCGGACCCCAGGGCCCUCCGUGCGCACGGCAGGGUGCACACGGGCGAGAGGCCCUACAGGUGCGCGGUGUGCAGGAGGACGUUCACGCAGCGGCGGGCCCUCGCGGUCCACCGCAGGACGCACACGGGAGAGAGGCCGUACGCGUGCGGCGUGUGCGGCCGUUCUUUCGCCCAGCGGAGGUCCCUGGUCGUGCAUCAGAAGGUGCACGGGGCGGCGACGGCCGCGGCGGGGAAGGGGCCCCGAGGCGAGGGCGGAGAGGCGUCGACGCCGUCGGGCGGCGCUCCCGAGGGCGCGGACGGAGGGAGCGUGGCGGGGAAGGGGAAACGCCGGGGGUGCAUCGCGAGCAAGGGGGCGACGGCCGCCCUACCGGAGCCGCCUGGGUCUGGGGGUGAGCGCGCGACUUUCCCCAGAGAGGCGGCGGUGAGCCCUCCUCCUCCUCCCUCGCCCGCUGCGUCGGAAGAAGAACGCCGGGAAAAGCCCGCCGGCUUUGUCGAGACACGCCCGGAGGUAAUGAAGGCGGAGAGCGGAGGCGGAGGCGGAGACGCGUCCUCGGCGAAGGUGAAGGAGGAACAGGAAGGGGACGUCGGAGGCUUCGAGGCGUGGCCGGGGGUGAAGGUGGAGCCCGGUGGCGAGGUCGUUCCGUGCCGCCCCCUCUCCCUGCCGAUCGUGAAGCGGGAGGCCGAGGAUUGCCACGGGAGCGAGACGGAGCCGCGGGUAAAGUUGGAACGCGGAGAUCCGGACUCCUCCGUCUCCCUGUUGAGUGUGAAGCAGGAACCGGAAGAAAUCCUCAAGGUCGCAAUCGGGUUCGUGCAAAACUGCGGUGCUACACACGAAGGAUUGAAGGGGAGGGAGGUUUAUUCACUUCUGUCUCGUGCUCCCCCCCCCCCCCGGCUCCGUGUCCCCCGGCACCAAAGGGCAGCCAAAAUGAACGAAGACGAUGAGGAGGAAGACACGAAGAUCUUCUGCCCGGUCUGCAACUGGGUGGUGGUCAGCCUGCCCGCGCUGGAGGACCACAUGAAGCGCCACAAGGGCUGGACGGAGCCCGCUCUCUUCCGAUGCCCCCACUGCCCGUACAGCACGGACAAGGCGGUCGCCCUCAUCAACCACCAGAGGACACACACGGGCGAGAAACCCUACGAGUGCAAGGUUUGCGGCGAGGCGUUCUCCGUGUCGGAGGACUUCCGCGUCCACCAGAGGGCGCACGCGGACGAGAAGCGCCACGUUUGCCCCGUGUGCGGCGACGCCUUCUCCUACGCGGAGGCGCUCGGCACGCACCAGCGGGUGCACGUGAGCGAGAAGCCCUACCAGUGCAGCGUGUGCGGCGCGGAGUUCACGCGCACCAACCACCUCCGCAGCCACAACCGGGUGCACACCAAGGAGAGGCCGUACCGGUGCUCGGCCUGCGGCAAGUCGUUCGCCCGCUCCGACAACCUCGUCACGCACCAGCGCGUGCACACGGGAGAGAGGCCCUACCGGUGCGGCGUUUGCGGCAAGGCGUUCACGCAGUCCGGCACGCUCGUGGUGCACGCCCGGAUCCACGCGGGCGACGGCAAGCCGCGGAGGGGGGGGGGCGCAAAGGCGAAGGCGGCGGCGGCGAAGGCGACCGCGUCCGUGGCGGGUGGAGGAGGCCCAAACUCGGGGCCGAAGGCGGAGCGCGACGGCCGGCCCACCGUGAAGGGGAAAGCCGAAGAGGAGGAGGAAGAGGAGGAGGAAGAGGAGGAAGAGGAGGAGGAGGAAGAGGAGGAGGAGGAAGAGGAAGAAGUCGUAAAAGCGGACGUUCCAGCACCAGUUCCGGCGCCAGUUCCGGCGCCAAUUCCGGCGCCGUCCGUCGCUCCGUCCGUCGUGAAGCAGGAAACCGAAGAGAGCCCUCGGCUGUGAGGCACGGCCCGGCAGUCAAGGCAGAAUCAGAAGGUCCGGUGCCUUCCCAUAGCCCCAAUCCGUCACGAAGUGGGAACUCCAAAGAGAGCCCUCAGCUGAGACGAGGUCGGCUUCGAAGGUACAGCCAUUCAACUAUGAAACUCUGUUCAUUGUUAGCGGGCAUGAGGCCUACGUAGCUCCUCUUUGGAAGGGGGGACCCUGGUUAUCGUGAAUGACAGCACCUCAACAAAGUGGACGAUGUCAUCGUCGUCGCGUGGACAUGUACAGCGGGGGGGGGGGGGGGGGACGCGAAGACUCGAAACCGCGGUGACGUCGAUUCUCAAUGUGAAAAGGGGGAAAAGAACGGCGGACCCGGAGAAAAAUCCACGGCCACCACGGGGAGAGAGAGACGCAGACUCCAAAUAGGCGUCAGGGUUUGGGAUCGAACCCACGAACCUCCUGUACAGCAGGCGAAGUAGUUAACAUCCCGCCACUCUGAGAUGUAUCACCAGCCUACCGCCCCCCCCAUCACCAUGCGUGGAUUUUUCUCAGUUUUUUUUCUCCUCCACAUUUAGAAUUAACAUCACUACGCGUUUAGAGUAUUUGGCUGCUGCUAUAAAUUUGCCCGUGGUGAUAUCAGCCACUUCGUUGUGACAGCCAGGUCACUGUGAAAAAAAACCAGCUACAUAGCUCAGUGGUUGGCCAUACCAGAUUACAUUUAAACAGUUUAGUCUCAGAUAUUUCCUGACCUAUUGGUACCAUUGCAUAUAGUUCAGAAAAGACUUAAGAACGGGCAAUUAAAUAGAAAUAAAGAACGGCUGUACAAUUGAGAAGACAUUGUUAGGCUUUUCUUUAAAAAAAUACCAACAACAAACCCUUAACACCGCAUCAAUGGCUCUCAUGCCGCCCGCGACACUUCAAGGGAGGCCCAUGAGGGUGACGUCAAUGUCAGAUGCGCCCCAUAGCAGCUUGGGGGGGGGGGGGGGAUGACCUUCGUCGAUGUGGAAGGCGUCUUAGCCAAUCAAAGGAAGGGAAAUAAGGGGGCGUGCCUCUCGACCACGACGUGUCCGUCUCGAUCCGCGCCCCGCUCUUGCUCUUAAACAGAAAGUGUGUCCAAUUAGUGAUCCCCAACCGCCCAAAGCAUGCCCCCAUUGCCACCAUGACACCACGUGUGGGCAAAGACACACCCACUUCUAAGCAGAGGUCGCAAACUGGGUUUUGAUUCCUUACCCGUACCCGGCUGCACCAGGGUCGCAAAUGGGUUCCCGUUCCCUACCCGUACCCUACCCGAAAUGAGUGACAAACGGUGACUCACCAGUGACUCGCGGCCUACCCGUACCCGGCCGCACCAGGGUCGCAAACGGCUACCCGUACCCGGCCGGGUACAGGUAGCCGGGUAUCGGGUAGGGUACGGAUAUCGGGUACCCGGUUGCGACCUCUGCUUCUAAGUGUCCACUUUUAUUUCAUGUCGGCUUUUAUCGUAUUACAGCCCCGGCGAAGAACGGCGUCUUAGCCAAUCAAAGGAAGGGAAAUAAGGGGGCUUGCCACUCGACCACGAGUCUCGAUCUACGCCGCCGCUCUUGCUGUUAAGCAGAAAUAGGGUAUUUAUUUAGUGUAAAUACUUACUUGAUCUUAAACAGGUGUUAAAGUCCUUGCUUUUUCAUGUUAUUUGAUGUAUGUUUAUAGACCAAAAGUGUGUCCAAUUUUGAUUUGAAGCUUUCGUGACUGCAGGAAUCCAUACUCUUUGGUUCUUUCGGUAAAGUCACGUGGGUAGAAAAAAUAAGAAAAGAUCGCGACGUUUCGAUCGCAACACAAGCGAUCAUCCUAAGCAUAUUAGUUGCUGCAGCUCCAUACUAUUAACAUUCCUUCCCUUUAUUAAUGCUAACCUUACUCCCUCCCUUUGAUGCUGCUAAUCCUGCAUAAUGCACGGGCAUAUUAUGACUUUGAAACCCCCCGCCCACCUCCUACGAAUUCCACAAGUAAUGACUAAUCCCAUAUCUGAAUUUCUCAUAAAUAUGCAAAAUUCCUCUUGAUAUGCAAAUUAUUUUGUCAAGGCGCUCUUCCCCCUCCAACCCAGCUUAAAUAUACGCUCCAAGCCUGGUGGUGUUUCAUUAAGACGCUGUCUUUCCGACAGACCUGUUCUUCACCUGAGGACGGCUGCUUGCGUUGUGGCCGAAACGUCGUGAGAAUUGUAUUUUAUUAUGUUUUAUUUUUAUUAUUUUAUUAUUUCCCUUCUACGUGACUUUACCGAAAGAACCAAGAAGAAGAUCACGACGUUUCGAUCGCAACA